ACAUGACAAAAGCAAGGGGGAUGGAGUGAGUGAAAUAAAUCCACACUUCUUAUUUCUCACAGCCACUUUUUUAUUGUAAUUUGUCAGGAGGAGUGGGAUCACUGCGCCACAUUACAAGACAAACGUGUCCUAGUUCAUGUUCAGCAGCGUAUCUCUUUUUACGCACACCCUGCUCCAGUGAAGGCAACAACACUUCAGAUCAGAUUUCACAUUCAGCUCCGACCAGCUGAGAGAGGCAGCCAGAGAGCAGGAGGACUCGUAUCUCCGCUUUCCCCCACGAUACCCCCGCCAGAACCAGCGAGGAACAACCGGGUGCGCGGCGCAAAUAUUGUAAAACACCACCGGGAUUUUUUUUUUCUUCUUUUUUUCCCUUUUAUGUAUUUUUGCAGGAUUUCAGCAGCGAGAGCGCCACUGAGAAUUAGAUAAGAGCGAAGAAGAGAUGGACGAGCAGACGAGGUUGAUGCACUCUCACACGGGGGUAGGCAUGGCAGGGCACCCUGGCCUGCCGCAGCAUAUGCAGGAAGGCACCGGAGGAACUGACGGCGACGGGAGAAAACAGGACAUUGGAGACAUUUUACAGCAAAUUAUGACCAUCACGGAUCAGAGUCUGGACGAAGCGCAAGCCAGGAAACACGCUCUGAACUGUCACAGAAUGAAGCCAGCUCUUUUCAAUGUCUUGUGUGAAAUCAAAGAGAAAACAGUGCUGAGUAUCCGCGGCACCCAGGAGGAUGAGCCCCCGGAUCCCCAACUCAUGCGCCUGGACAACAUGCUACUGGCAGAGGGCGUGUCCGGUCCGGAGAAAGGUGGAGGCUCGGCGGCCGCGGCCGCUGCAGCAGCAGCCUCGGGAGGAGCGGGGCCUGACAACUCGGCGGAGCACUCUGACUACAGAACCAAGCUGACCCAGAUCAGACAGAUCUACCACACAGAGCUGGAGAAAUACGAGCAGGCAUGUAACGAGUUCACCACCCACGUGAUGAACCUGUUGAGGGAGCAGUCGCGCACGCGGCCAAUUUCGCCCAAAGAGAUUGAGCGCAUGGUGAACAUUAUCCACCGCAAGUUCAGCUCCAUUCAGAUGCAGCUCAAACAGAGCACCUGCGAGGCCGUCAUGAUCCUGCGCUCCCGCUUCCUCGAUGCCAGACGGAAAAGGCGAAACUUCAACAAGCAGGCAACAGAGAUCUUGAACGAGUAUUUCUACUCGCACCUCAGUAACCCCUACCCCAGCGAGGAGGCUAAAGAAGAGCUGGCAAAGAAGUGUGCCAUAACAGUUGCCCAGGUUUCCAACUGGUUUGGGAAUAAAAGAAUCAGAUACAAGAAAAACAUUGGUAAGUUCCAAGAAGAAGCCAACAUGUACGCUGCGAGAACUGCCGUGAAUGCGGCUAAUGCAUCCUCACAUGGAAGCCAAGCAAAUUCACCCUCAACUCCAAACUCUGCAGGUUCUGCUGGCUCUUUUAACAUGUCAAACUCCGGGGACUUGUUCAUGAGCGUGCAGUCUCUCAAUGGGGACUCAUACCAGGGGGCUCAGGUGGGAGCCAACGUGCAGUCACAGGUGGAUACCCUUCGCCAUGUUAUCAGUCAGACAGGCGGAUACAGUGAAGGACUCACAGCCAACCAGAUGUACAGUCCGCAGGGCAUCAAUGCAAACGGUGGCUGGCCGGAUGCUCCAACCCCCUCAUCUGUGACUUCGCCUACAGAAGGACCCGGAAGCGUUCACUCUGACACCUCCAACUGAUCCUCCACCCCCCACUCCUCCAUCCUCUGCCUCCUAACUUCCUCCACCAGUGCACCCCCAGCCACAUCUCCCAAAACUUAAACCCCAUCGGGGCUGGACGUGACGUACUGUACGUCGCCACACGGCGGGACACAGCUGGGGUCUGGGAUGACAUUUACAGACAAAUAUUUCACUUUUCCUAUCUGGACUACCGCGUAUGGGGACUCAUAUCCACACUUCACAGUUUGUACAGUUUCCACUUGAUGUCCAUGUUGCCUCUUUGUAUUUCUCUUACAUUAUAUAUCCACACAGUAGGCUGACAGCUCGCAGCAUAAAGCCCCACGUCUUGUAAAUUGAAACGCUUCCACACUACCUCGAUUCGAAACAACGACAGAGAAAAACAACAACUUCGGUUUUCCCAAAGUGGUAGUACUUUCUAUGACUUUCCAUGUCAACAAUGCACUAUAAACAUACUUAUAAUGAAUUAUAACCUGUUUAUAGAUUAUAAACACUCAUAUUCAUAUUCAUAAUGAUUUGUAACAGUAAUAAUACAUAAAAAAAACAUAAAACAUUUUAUAAUAACUUAUAAGGUCAAGUUUCAUAACUGACAUUUGUUUUGCAUGAUCAUAGUGUAUUAUAAUUCUCAUUGUUAUAAUACAUUAUUAUCUUUUCAUAAUGCUCAUUGUUUACGUUAAGUAAAGUGAAAAUUCAUUUUACAACUUUAUGUGUUCUUGUAUAGAUUAUUUUGAUAUUUCUUCACUUUGCAUUUCUUAAGUGUUUAUAAUGCAUUAAUGUGUCAUGAUUAUUGUUAUAAAGUAGAUUAUAAGUAUCGUAUAAUGUAAGUUUAAUGCGUUACUGACAUGGGCGUCAUAGAAAGUGUUACUACAAACUUUAUAUAAUAAUUUAAAUGUGACUGUACACACACCCUGCCCCGUCAUAAGCCCUCUGUUUAUUACUGUGUUCACUCAUUUUGUUUUAUCUAUCGUGCCAAAGUUCAACCCUGGAGGUGAAUUUUGAUAAUGUUAUGUUUCCAAUUUUCAUGUCAUACUUUUGUGAAGUAUUAUUAUGUUAGUCCAGUCAUAUUAGUCAGGUAAUAUCCAAAACUCGAAUUAUAUAGUUUGUAUUCAGAACUUCUACAGCAAACUAUGAGAUAUAAGGCAUUUUAUAUUUAAUCGCCAGAGAAGCAGGGUUUCUGCUCAUGUGCUGAACAAUAAUGCCAAUAAUUCACAAUUUUUAGCAACAAAUUGAGUGCGACUCACAAAAAGUUGAAGUUCUGUCAUGCGUGUUGGCUGCAUCCACAAUAUUCAAAGAAGAAUUGACCUGAAACACUAAAUCGUGACAACAUGAGCAGCGAUUAUGACGCGUCAAUAUGUGUUAAAGCACAAGAACACCUAAUGAUUGAACUCAAAGGGUAACAUUUGUAAAUGUGGAAGAGAAAAGAACAUUAAGAUUUAACAAUAGGAGUCUUAUAUGGAAGAAAAAGAGUGCGCGUACAGAACAUGAUCAGACAGUCAGUGAGGUCAAUGUAGCCAAAUACUGCUGGUAACCAAAUCCAAAACAACAAUUGUAAUUCAGAUUGUAAGGUUCCAUGUUGCAUGUCUUUUCUAUGAAUUCACUUUUCAUUUGUGGAAUAAUAUGUGUGUGAUAAUCCUGAGAGUGCUUUGGGACAUUUUGAGCAGAUGUUUUUGUUUUUCUGAAAUUAAAUGAUUCUUUACACAAUAAGACGGUUUUUACUUUGUGUGCGAGCAAAAAACUAAUUCUGUCCUCAAAAUCUCCCAAUGCACGCUCAGGAUUGUGGCACAAAUAUAACUCCAUACGCAGUCCGUUACUUAUCCCGUAACCCCGGUUCUCUGAUAACAAUAGGCAGAAGAUUUGAAAGAGAACCUUGUAUUUUACGUAUUCAAGAGUCUCUUUACUUUUUUUUAUUUGAUUUGUUUUAAAAUGACACUAAAAUUUACACAUCCAUCGACAAAAAACAAUCCAAAAUGUGAAAUGACAUUUGUGAUUUUUUGUUGUUGUAUGUACAGUAUAGUAUGUGGUCUAACACGUAUACUUUAUUACAAUAGUCCUCAUUUGCAUACUUUGAUACCAAAAAAAGGCAGAAUUUUUAUCCUCUACAUUGGGAUCAGCUUUAUCAACGUUUUCUUUUUUCCUCUUUUCGUAGGAUUUUAUUAUCUACGGUACGAGUGAGCAUCUCAUAAUGCUCUCUGUAUUCAAAGCCAAAAAAAUGCAGUUGGAAUACAGUAGUUUAUAUAAAUUAAAACAGAAACAAAUACCCUGAUGGCACACAAAUCCAGAUAAUGUUUGGAUAUAUUUUUAUGUCUCCAUUUUGUGAAUAACUCUUUUUUUCAUUCGAUAUUAUUUUGCUUUGCUACAGGACUGUUUCUUUUUUUAUGCUACCAUUAUAUGUGAAUUAGCCCAAGAAUGCUCUAUAUACAGUAUGUAGAUAUGCACCUUUACUCUUUUUUUGCAUCUUUGAAUUUGGACAGUAGCCAUUUUAACGCAGCCUGACGGAGUUGAAUUUAAGGGGAAACCCGUGGUAUGACUUUCUACUCAGACCGCCGAAACAAGCCUGCCUCCAAGAUGGCUGCCGUCAGAAUGAAGGUGACGUGAAAAGUCAGCGUUAACUUGGCCCUCUGGCUUUGUUUUUUAGCUGAACUGAACCCUUACGGAAAACUAAAUUCAAUCCCGACAUCCCAAUCGGUCACAAUACAGCCUGAAAACCACAGGACUUUUUUAACAGUUGUCAGUGUGUUUGUAUUUAUUACACAUGUAUGAAAUCAUGGAUGUUUCAGAGCUGCUGUCAGGAGGUCAACCGCGGCAUGAUUCCACCAAACAAAGUCAUUUGGAUCACUCCUCCACUCACCUGCUCAGUGUUACAGCGGAGGCCGUGUCUUCUCAUGUCAUUGGAGUGAACUGACAGCACCGGCCAUGCAAGGCAAACGCAAGGAUUGUUUUUGCAGCCCCCUCGAAGAAAAAAAAAGGCUUAACUCUACUUUUCACAUCGCCUGUCAAAUAUUAUCGAAGCUUCAUGUAAUGAUGCUUUUUAGUUUUUGAAUAUAAAAGGAAAAGAGACAUGAAAAAGAAAAAUGAACAAUUUGUAAAACAUGAAAUGUUUUAUUUGUUGCAUGUCUUUUUGUUCUUCAAUAAAAAAUAACGUACUGCAGUGUUUUUGAAUGUUAACUUCUUUUUUAUAAGGAUUUCAGAGUGAAACCGUGGAGCCUUUUUCUUGACAGGUUUUAACUUUUAAGAUCUCUGCGUAUGUAAAAAGGUAUCAAAUGGAAAACAAUUGUCUUUUUAAUUCCAAUUCAAAAACCUGUUUUUUCUGUGGAGAAAAAUAGCUGAAAGGUGUAGGUUUUAUGGUCUCUUAAUUUGUACUGGCAAUGCGUAUCCCAAAUAAAUAGUUUCUUUUGUUGCAUAAA